ACACAUACACACACACACACACACAUAUAAGCUCUCGUCAUUUGUUUUGGUUUCCUGGCUCCCCAGCUGCUCUGACCCUUCCCUCCCCUCGUUUUCUCUUUCUCUGCUCUCCCUGGUCCAUUUCAGUCCUCUGCUCUCCUCCCUGUGGUUGUGAGUGUGUUUUUGGGUGAGCGAUGUGUUGUUCAGUGGGUUUUGCCAGGUCUCUGGGCCUGGCCCUGCUGCCUCUGGCCCUCUGCUGUAUCCUGGCCAACCUGCUGCUGCUGUUUCCUAUGGGAGAAAUCACCUACAUCCAGCAGGACCGCCUGGCCAGCUACAUCUGGUACUUUGGUGGACUAGUAGGAGGUGGACUGAUGAUGCUGAUUCCAGCUGUGGUCUUCAUCACUCUGGGGAAAUGUAGCUGCUGCUGGAAUGAGAGCUUAAUGAUGUGCGGAUCAGUGUUGGCAGCUGUGGUUGGCCUGGUGGGGUCUGGUUACUGUUUCGUCAUAUCAGGAUUCGCCUUGGUGCAGGGACCUCAGUGCUUCACCUCUUUCGGAUGGUCUUACCCCUUUGCAGACCAGGGGGGCAGGUAUCUCCUACAACCAGAGAAUUGGUCGCAGUGUCGUCAGCCGGUUCAUAUCGUAGAGUGGAAUGUGACUCUGCUGUGUGUGUUGCUGGGUCUGGCUGUGCUGGAGUUCAUCAUCUGUCUCUUGCAGCUGGGAAACGGUUUGGUCAACGCCGUCUGCCGGCCCUGUUGCUAUAAGCAGGAAUAUAGUCUUAAUGCUUAGACAAACACACACACACACACACACGUGUAUGUAGACGCACCUGCAGAGACACAAGAGCAUGUGCACACAUCAAAAAAUGUACACACUCAACAUGUAUGCACACGCACAGGACAUUUAUGGACACACGCGGACGACUGCACACACGGCCUAAUUGCCUGGCAUUGUGUGUGUGUGUGUCUGUGAGUACAACACAACUUAUCUACUUACACACUUACAUAAUGUAUACAGUAUCAUGGACACCUGACAGCCAUGUAAGUGCAACCACUAUAUUUUCAAGCUUUUAUUUUGCCCUGUUAAAGGGGCAAAAAUGACUGCAGUCAUUGAGGAUGAUGAGUUUUUUAUUUUUAUUUUUCAAAGGCAACAGGUAUUCAGUCCAUAAUAAUAUGGAUGUGUGUGUGCAUGUCCUGAUUACUCACAAACAAGAGGAUGCAACUUACUUUGUACCCGGUGAAAGGAGGUUAAGAAGACCAACAUGUACAAAUAAUAAAGACAAAGAAUCCUUGAUAUUAAUAAUAGUAUUAGCAGCUUUACGGGGUAGUAAGUUUCAAUGAAGUAUUUGCCAGCAGUGUGUGAAACAAAGAAAACUGAAACCUAAAUGUGCCUUAUUUGUUUUUUAAUGUCAAGGUUCCUCACUUAUUAUUAUUUGUGUACUUUGUAUACCUUCAUAAACUCAACAACUACCCUACCAUGUGUAUUGCAUAAAGAAAUAAUACAACAGUUUAAAUCAUUGUCAUGACACUAGUAUGCUUAGUGGAAGAUGGCAGCCGUGUAUUGUUUGAUAAUGUUGGAAAUUAAGUUCUUGUGGAAAUGUAUUUACAAGAAGAGAUUUCCAUUGUUUUAGUCUGUCAUCAGCAUGUUGGCUGACAUUAUUAUUUGAUGCACCAGGAAGUGCCCAUCUGUCCUUUUCUUGUGCUUCCAACAUUUAUACACUCUGUUGGAUCACUAAUUGAUUACAACAACCCUUAAGUGUUGCAUCACUUCAGGAUUAGGAGCAGAUUUGUGUGUCUAUUUGUAUAUUUGUUGUCAUUUUCAGAGCAUUUUGUUGUAAAUUGUUUUCUUUACAUCUUUUGGACGCUAGAUCAGUGUUAACAGACAUUUUAUAUAUAUUUUAGUGACAUAUUUUUAUAAUGUAUGUAUGUUUGUGCUGCCUUGAAUAAAAAAAAACUAUUUCCAGUUUUUUCCAUUUCC